UCACUAGGAUCCAAGAAGUAAUCAUGUUGGCUUCCGCUAUACAAUUGCCUCUCCCGUUGCCGCACGGCCCGUCGCUAUGCGAUCACCGUUUCUUACCUCCCACGUAUGAUUUACAAGAUCUCGUCCAUGAUAUCAAGGCCUACCUCGGCGAUUCCUCGGGGAUCGAUUCAUCAGACAUAGACCAUGAGCACUUGAUAGCGCUGGCGCAGAAAUAUGUCUCAAAUCCGAACGAUUGGCUGCGGUUCUUCUACAACGAUCCGAGUAAGAACUAUACCCGCAAUGCCAUCGAAAACAUCAACCGCAAGGCAAACAUUCUGCUGCUGGUAUGGAAUCCAGGCAAAGGCUCUCCCAUCCACGACCAUGCCAAUGCCCAUUGCAUCAUGAAAGUCUUGGCUGGCGAAUUGACCGAAACGGUCUACCAUCCUCCCAACAGCGAAGGCGACGAGACAAGCCCGCUCCAGCUCAAACACCAAAAGCGAUACCAGGCGGACCAAGUGACAUACAUCUCAGAUGAUAUUGGUUUACAUCGGGUCCAUAACCCAAGUCCUAAUCAAGUUGCAGUUUCCCUUCACAUCUACACCCCUCCUAAUGCCGCCGAUUAUGGCUAUCACAUCUUCGAUGGGGCCACAGGAAAGGCCAGCUUUGUAUCCCAAGCACACGCUCAUUCGAAUACUGAGAAGCCUGCUGGUCAGGCCUGACACACGAACGUCCUGGAUUAGUUGUCGUCAACCGAUAACCAAGCCGAAGGGUCAGGUACCCUUUUCAUUUUCAAUUUUCUGUCAGAAUUCUCCAUAGCUCAUAUCAUAUAUCCCUAGCGUUGCUCUGUUUCUGUUUCUUCUUUUGCUUUCGGUUAACUGUGUUUAUUAUCGCACAAUGUGCUCAGAAGCGAUAUAUCCCAUAUUCUAGUGUUAAUUAAUGCCACAUCAAUCCAAUCAUUGAUUACUGAACACA